AUGACAUGUGUGAAUAGCGUGAUAGAGGUUUUGAAGAAUGAAGAAGUUAGAAUGAUUGGGAUUUGUGGUAUGGGGGGUGUGGGUAAAACCACAAUGGUGAAAGAAAUCAUCAAAAGAUUGGCAGGAUUGAAAGUAUUCGAUAAUGUUGUGAUGGCAGUUGUGUCCCAAAGCCCAAGCAUUCAAAAGAUUCAAUUAGAAAUUGCAGAGGAGCUGGGGUUUAAAUAUGACGAGAAUACCGAAAGUGGAAGAGCGCGAAGGCUCUACGGAAGACUCAUGGAAAUAAAUAAGAUCCUCAUUGUAUUAGAUGAUGUGUGGACAGAGCUCGAUUUUGAGGCUAUUGGACUUCCUUAUGGACCUCAUAAAGGGUGCAAAGUUCUGUUGACCUCGCGAAACUUGGAAGUGUGCAAUGCAAUGGGAAGUCAAGAAAUUUUUACAAUCCCAGUUUUAACACCAGAGGAAUCAUGGGAACUCUUCCGUGAAAUCGUAGGUAAACCCUUGGACUAUCCUGAUUUGGCAAAACGAGUCACGAAUGAGUGUGCAGGUUUACCUAUUGCAAUUUUAACUGUUGCGAAAGCACUAGAAAAUAAAAGGAAGCAUGUAUGGGAUGAUGCCCUCAAACAGCUACAAAGUUCAGCCCUUGGAAGCAUCUCUUCGAUGAAUGACAAAGUUUAUUCAAGCAUACAAUGGAGUUAUGAUAGAUUGGAGAGUGAUGAAGAGAAAUCAUGCCUUUUGCUUUGUUGUUUAUUUCCUGAAGAUUAUGAUAUUCCAAUUGAGUAUUUGGUUAGAUAUGGGUGGGGUCGAGGGUAUUUUAGUAACGCGGAUUCGGUGGAAGAAGCAAGAAAUAGAGUGCAUUCUUUGAUUGACAAACUUCAAAGAAGGUUUUUGUUGCUAGAUGGCAAAUCGGAAGAGCAUACCAAGAUGCAUGACAUAGUUCGUGAUGUUGCCAUACAAAUGGCCUCAAGAGAUCCACAUAGAUUUCUAAUAAGAUGUGAUGCUGAAAAAACAGGGUGGCCAAAGAUAUACGACCAUUACACAACAAUCUCACUGAUACCAAUUAAUAUUGAUGAGAUCCCAGUUGGUCUGGAUUGUCCAAAACUUGAGCUUCUACACUUAGAAGGCGAACGUUAUUCGGAAAAUAGCAUGGACAUCAUGUGUAAAGGGAUGAAAGAGCUGAAGGUUUUAGCAUUGGUAGACAUGGGUGGGAUAUCAGCCUUGCCGAGGUCACUAGGACUACUGAAGAGCCUUCGAACCUUGUCCCUAAAUGGUUGUUAUGAUUUAAUAGAUAUAUCUGAUGCUAUUGGAAGAUUGGAAAAUUUAGAGAUCCUCAGCUUUCGUAAAUGCUCUAGAAUCUUAGAGUUGCCGAAGGAAAUUGGACUUCUUAAACAUUUAAGGUUGUUAGAUAUCACGGAUUGUGAUCGUCUUGAGAAGAUUCCACAUGGUCUCUUAUCGAGCUUAUCUAGUCUUGAAGAGUUGUAUAUGGAAAAUAGUUUUCGCAAAUGGGAACAAUCAGCUACAGAAAGCGAAGAUAAGAGGAUGGCAAGCCUUGUUGAGGUGAUGUCUUUGUCUAAUCAUUUGAAGGUUUUAGUCAUAGAGAUACCCGAUUUCAACUUCUUUCCAAAAGACUUUUACUUGACAAGCCGGGCAACAAUAAGAUUCCACAUAUCCAACAGAAUUCAUGGAGAGCUUUUUGGAGGUCAAUCAAGUACUGGUUGUUAUGCAUUCGAAAAUAAGUUGGAGAUUUUUCGAAGUGAUGCAACGGAAUUCAUGGAGAUUCAAAUUGUUCGUGUCUUAUUUAAGAAAUGUGAAGAUUUAAUCUUGGGAAGGAUUAAGAAUUUAAAGUAUGUCCUCAAUGAAUUAGACCAAGAGGGAUUGCAACACUUAAAAGUUUUAAGAAUUCAGGACUGCCCUGAGAUAGAAUACCUUGUAAAUGGAGCAAGUUGGACUCAACAAACAGCCUUCCCUCUCAUCCAAUCAAUCCUACUCGUGUCGAUGCCCAAGCUAAAAGCAAUAUGCCACGACCAACUUCCACAGAGCUCUUUUAUCAACUUAAGAUCUCUUGAAUUACUAUAUUGCCCUGUUUUAAAAUAUGUAUUUUCUCUAUCAGUAGCAAGCAACUUGGUUCAACUCCAAAGCUUAAGUGUUGCCAUUUGUCCCCAAAUGAAAGAAAUCGUCUCAAAGGAGGGGAGGGAACAUGAGACGGCAUCGGACAUCGUAGCUUUCCCUAAAUUAACAAAGUUGACAUUCGAAGAUCUAUCUGAUGAAUUUGUUGGUUUCUACGAAGCCAACAAUGAGGUAACGGAUGGGUCUAAGGAUCAAAAUGUGGUAGGAACUUCAUAUGAUGAGCAUCAACCUUCUAGAAGCUUUGAAAGAGCAGUAUUUCCAUCAAAGUGCAUUUUAUGGUUACAAAAUCUAGAAGAAGUGAAACUACGAGAGGCCAAUGUAGAUGUGUUCUUUGAUCUGAAAGGCCAUAUGGUUAGGGAUGGGCAGGCAGUUCCAGCAUUUUCUCAUUUACAAAAUUUGUACAUAUGGGAUUCUACAUGUCAACACCUUUGGAAGAACAUUCCGCGUGGAUUCCAGGGCUUCCAAAACUUAAGAUAUUUUAAAAUAGGAGGUGCUGAUGAUCUCCAAUAUGUGUUCCCACAUUCAAUUGCCAGGCUACUUGUGAAUCUUGAAGAGCUCCAUAGAGGGACUGCAACAAAAUGGAAACUAUAUCUUCCGAGUCUUGAGAGUCUUUGUCCUGAUGCUUCUACUUCUUUAUGGUCAGCCGCCAAAAUUAUGUUGGUGCAAGAUUGCGACAAACUGAAGACAUUGGCUUCAGUAAUUCCACAAAUAAAAAAGUUGGAGAAAGAUUCAACAGCUCAUCACGAAGAUGAAGAUGAAGGUAUUUCAUCAGGAUCAUGUGGAUGUACACCUUAUUCAUGUGGCCCAAUGACCAAACCUACUUCAAGAAGAAAUAUUGUUCAAAUAUUGCCACGUCCAGUCAAUCAAGAGGUUGCACCAACAAAUCUUGAUCAAGACUCAAAUGAUUACGAUAAUCUAGAACGUCUUUCUGUACAAUAUUGUGAGUCAUUGGAAGUUGUUUUCCAACUCAAGGGACCAAAGGCUGUUGAAAGCCACAAUGUUCAAGCAUUCAAUAAGUUGUGUUACUUGCUAUUAGACAAAUUGCCAAGUUUAAUGCACUUUGCGAUAUUUGUUCUUGUCAACUGUAGCCAAGCUCCUAGUCAAUUUAAAGACUUAAAAGUUGGGAAUUGUGAGAAGAUUGAACACGUUAUUGCAGAAGCAGACACUGAAUGUGCUGAUCAGGAAAUUACAUUUCCUCGAUUGAAUUCCAUGACGCUUGAAGAUCUACCAAACCUUAUCUGUUUCUCAACUGAAGCUUAUACUUUGAAGUUGCCAUCUUUGAUGGAAUUGAAGGUUAUAAAAUGUCCAGAUUUAAGAACAUUUGCUUCUAAGGUUGUCAACACACAUUCUGUAAUCCAAGUACACACAGAGUUGGGAAAGUCUGAGUGGAUGGGGGACCUCAAUAGCACUAUAGGGAACAUUCAUGAAAAAAGGGAAACACAGAGAAGUGCAGAGCUGAGUUCUGUUCUGAAGGUUGAGUUUUGUUCUGAAGAAUUUUAUGACGAUGUGCAUACAGAGUGA